AUGUCGAUGUGCCUUCCGCGUACUUUGGUGCAAAGGUUCUCUGGUACUCUUCGGCAGUGGCAAUGGUCCACACAUCAAAACAUAUCAACUUUGAGGAAAAAGUUAGAGACACAAACUUUUCUUCUUUGCUUGGUGUUAUCCUUUCUGGGAUUCGCACAAAUAUGCAGAGCAAAUAUCAACCCCGGCCGCCCAGAAUUCCUAGCAGUGUCUGGCGAAAUGGCCACCCUACCUUGCAACAUUUCUACGCCCUUAGCUGAUGACGCUGCCACCCUCAUUCUUUGGUACAGAGAAGAUUUAGACAACCCCAUUUAUACUUUAGACAUCCGCAAGUCAGCCCUCAAGAAGUCACGGCACUUUCCAAGUCCGGAGAUGGAAGGAAGGGCCUAUUUCGACAUUAGUGUUCAUCCCCCUUUGCUUAAGAUAUACCCCAUUCGGAAAGAAGACGAAGGGGACUACAAGUGCCGAGUCGACCUCAGGAGGUCGAGAACAUUCAUUCAUUACAUCCGUCUCAUAAUAUUAGUGCCUCCAAAAAUUGUGAUAAUGGACGAGCAUGGUCAGACUAUGCAAGACAUCAUUGGGCCUUAUAAUGAGGGAUCAUCAGUAUCUCUAUUUUGUGAAGCUUCUGACGCUGAGCCACUGCCAUCAGUAACGUGGUGGAAAGGAAACAGUAUUAUAGAUGAUUCAUAUAACAUAACACCGCAGCUAGUUGCGAGGAAUGAGCUCAUUCUUACUGAUUUACAACGAUCCGAUCUUUUUGUAGAAAUCACGUGCCAAGCCUCGAACACAAAUCUCACAAAGCCAAGAAUUGGGAUGGUAAUGCUAGACUUAAAUCUGCGACCAGUGGAGGUGAAAGUUAUGCCCAGAAGAGUACCGUUGUCUGUUGGAUGGAUAGCACAGAUCACGUGUGAAGCUCGAGGAGCCAGGCCACAAGCAAUCAUAACAUGGUGGAGGGAUGGAGAAGAAGUAUUAGGAACAACGGAAACUGUGUUAGAAGAUGGAAAUCUCACCCUGAGCACAUACGCUUUUACACCAAAACUCGAGGACAAUGGCAAAACUGUGACUUGUCAAGGAAUCCAUCCCACCUUACCCAUGGAACCAAUAUCGGAUACGACGACGCUUAAUGUAAUGUAUCCUCCUCAGCUGAAAUUAGCGCUUGGAGCAAGCAAUCAACACUCAGCCAUCAAAGAAGACAGUAAUGUAUACUUCGAGUGCAACAUCAAGGCUAAUCCAAGCGCUACAGAAAUCAUGUGGUUCAAAGACAAUUACCAAAUGCACAGUAACAUCUCUAAAGGAAUUCUUAUUGACAACCAGUCGCUAAUCCUUCAGAAAGUAGGAAGAGAAGACAGGGGAUUUUACAAAUGCAGAGCUAUUAAUUCUGAGGGAGAAGGAGAGAGUGAUGUCGUAAAGCUUGAUGUGCAAUAUUCUCCAGUUUGCCGAUAUCGUGACGUAGCAACAUUUAGUGUAAUGCAAGGCGAGUCAAUCAACAUCACUUGUGAAGUCGAUGCUGAUCCCAGACCAAAAGCAUUCCAGUGGUCUCUCAACAACACACUUAGAGGGAACGUUGACUUAAAACGAAGACAUCCAAGGACUUUUAACGUUUUAUACUACACUCCAAAAUUCCUUGGUGAUUAUGGCACAAUUAUGUGUUGGGGGAAAAACGAAGCUGGAGUACAGAAGGUACCAUGCGUAGUACAUCUAAUACCUGACGGUGAAGUUUCAACUGAUAUGGGCUUGCUUGCCCCUUCCACCGAUGACGAAGACUACGAUGAGGAAGGAAGUUCUUCAAGUUUUAUGUCACCGGCCGUAGGAGUACUUGUAGGUGUUGUUGUUGCACUUGUUAUUAUGGCCAUUGUCAUUGUGAUUGUUAUGCGAGUUCAAAGCCCAUCCCCGUGCAAAAGUGAAGGAGCUUACUUCGAAGAAGAAAAAUACAAACAUGCAUCACCCAUAAAAAAAGAACCAACCGACAGUUUGUUGGAUGGUAAUGAGAAAAGCCCAGACAUAAUUCCGUUGCCAAAUGAUAUAGAAGUUUAUACGACCUCAGUUUCAGUUGAAUUAUGUUCCACAUCACCUCAUCUUCCGAAGAAAGCAGAGGUUUAUUACACGAUUGAAAGCAGUCAAACCUGCGUAUAACUUCAGCAUUGUUACAAUUUUUAACUCAGGUUACUGCUCACAUGAGUUGCAGUUUCACUGAAAGCUGAAGAAAUUCAAAAAGCCCCAUGAAGGGAGCUCUUUUUGAGGAGGAACCUGUUUUGCCUUUUGUUCUGCUAAAUGGAGAAAGUAGAAUUUGGACAGAUAAUGUAAUUAUCAUUUUGAAUCAGAGUUUAUGACGAUACGAUUAAUGAAGAUAUUUUAGCUGCCUUAUAAGAGAAAGAAAACAAGCUGAAGUAACUGGACGCUCACAUUGAAAGCAAAAAUCCGAAAACGUGAAAGUGGAAGAAAUGUUACUGAACUGCUAAAAUGUUACAUAUUGCAUCAUCUAAGUGGACUUGCUUUUUCAUUAUUUAUAUCAAUUUUCUACAGAUUUGUCUAUUUUCUUCUUA